AUGGCCACUCCGGCAUUGCUUACCGCUGUUGACUCGACCAACCACGUCCACUUGAUUGUUGGAUCCAACCCUCUGGCUGGUGCACGUUGCAAUCGAGCCCUCGAAGUCGGUGCAAUUCCCAAGAUCAUCGCUCCUGAGGACGCCCAAGUACACUAUGGACUGGCAAAGAAGAUUGAGGAGGGCAAGGUGGAGUGGAUCAAGAGAGAGUUUCAGGAUGCAGAUCUGACAAGCCUGGGACGAGACGAGGUGGACAAUGUCGUGGAUGCCGUCUUUGUGACGACGGCAGGCAAAGGUGCUCUGAGUGAGUCGAUAUGGUCUGUCAUCUCAAGGAGUCGAACUGACCUUUACACCAGGNNCACACACAUCUCUACUCUCUGCCGCAGACUCCGAAUCCCUGUCAACGUGGCAGACGCUCCGAACCUUUGCACCUUCACCCUCCUCUCCACACACUCCUCAGGCCCCCUACAGAUUGGUGUCACAACGUCCGGCAAAGGCUGUAAAUUGGCCUCUCGCAUUCGACGUGAAAUCGCCUCUGCUUUACCUUCCGACCUCGGUACCGCUGUGGAAAGACUCGGUACGAUACGCCGUCGCAUCUGGGAGGAGGACCACGCUACCGAAUUGUCCAUGGACUUGGAAGCUGAAGAGGAGGAUGCUGGUCAAAAUGCUCAGUUCAACAAGCUCAUUACACCUACCGAUCUCGAAGCCGCCAGAAACAGACGUAUGCGCUGGCUCUCGCAGAUCUGCGAGUAUUGGCCUCUUCGCCGUCUGGCUGCCAUCACAGAUGCUGAUGUUGAUGCUGUGUUGGCUUCAUACAGCCAAGAAGCUGCUAUCGAAGCCAGCACUCCUCUACUCAGCCCUGGAACUCUCGACUCUAGAACUCGCAGAGGUCGUAUCAUUCUGGCUGGAUCUGGUCCUGGUCACCCGGAUCUGUUGACUGGAUUGACACUCAAAGCUAUUCGCGGCGCCGAUGUUAUCCUUGCAGACAAGCUCGUCCCAGCACCAGUUCUUGACUUGAUCCCUAGACGCACGCCCGUCCACAUUGCAAGAAAGUUNCCUGGAAACGCCGAAGCUGCUCAGGAAGAGCUGCUCUCUCUUGGUCUCGCUGCAGCAAAGAAGGGCCAGACGGUCCUCCGCUUGAAGCAGGGAGAUCCUUACCUGUACGGCCGUGGUGCUGAGGAGUACGACUUCUUCCGCCGUGAAGGCUACGAAGUCAGCGUCUUGCCCGGCAUCACCUCUGCUCUCAGUGCCCCUCUGUUCGCCAAAAUCCCCGUCACCCACCGUGCCGUCAGUGAUCAAGUCUUGAUCUGCACUGGUACCGGUCGCAAGGGAGCUGCUCCCGAUCCGCCUGUCUACCUGCCAAACCAGACUUGCGUCUUCCUCAUGUCUCUCCACAGACUCGGUGCUCUUAUCGACAGUCUCGUGGCUGAAGGCAAGAACUACCCAAAGACCACACCUUGCGCAGUCAUCGAGCGCGCAAGCUGUACCGAUCANAGAGUCAUCCGCAGCACACUCGAAUACGUCUGUGCCGCAGUUGAGGAAGAAGGCUCAAGACCACCCGGUCUUCUUGUUGUCGGCCUUGCAUGCGAAGUCUUGGAGAAGAGCCACCAGAAGUGGGUUGUUGAAGAGGGUUUCAGUGGCUUUGACAACUUGGGUGAAGGAAGUCUUGAUGAGUUAAGCGCUGAGCUCCGUGGUGAGAUCGUAGCUUGA